AUGGCUGAUCCUCCAUUUUCCAAGGAAGAUGAGCUUUACCGAAAGCUCUCUGUGAGCUGGAAUCCACCCUCCAUCCAUCGGCAGCCCAUCUCUGGAGCAGGCGUCGCAUUGACCAAGGACUGGCUCCCAGGCCAACCGCGGAUUAGAUUGCAAGACGCCAAACUCGCACUGUACCUCGAGUCGGAGCUGAUCACGAAGGAUCUGGACAAACUUGCUCCCAAUCUCUGGCUUGUGGCCACACCGGACAGCUCAGACAUCUCCUCACUCACACACCAGAUCGUCCGCGGUCGCCAAAUAACCGUCACAGAGAAACCAGAGCUGCAUCUGGUUUGGAGUUACGAUCGUGUUUUUAUUAAACCGAUACCUAAAUACCUUCUCUCCCACGCAUUCUGGGAAUUUUAUCUCAAUGGCGCCCGCCCACCAAUCCCUGGGCGGCCGAACACGAAAAUCACCAGCGCGGCGCUUGGCUUCCUCCGGUCUUACUUCUACCUCAUCCAACACAGAUCCGAUUUCGCCAUCGCAACAAACAAUGAUCACCGCUUGAUACCAAAGCACAUCUCUUAUGCACAAUUUUCCUGUUUCAUCAGGGCGUUCGGCAGAGAUAGGAUCGGUGACGACGUCGUUUCCCCACGAUAUGCGUACGGGGAGCUCGGGCUGACACGACUGAACCUCUCGUCCAAGGUGUUCCUCCAACGCUUUACAUAUCACAAGGUUCACGGGCAGUACGGCGCUCGUCUCGCACAAUUUUAUGGUCCUGUACUUUUUAUGAUUGGAAUUUUUAGCUUGGUACUCAGUGCACUGGAAGUGGCGCUCUCUGUUCAGGCAAUUAUUGUAUCGGGAAAGCCGUGGAUGACCUUUGCCCGUCUCUCUCGGUGGUUCGCGAUAUUCACUAUUGUUUGCUCUGCUAUUUUAGCAUUGCUUCCUGCGAUGUCUUUGGUUGUCCUGGCUGCUCGCGAGUCCAGACUUGCGCUGAAAAAAUUGCAGGAAAAUGGCAUAUCCUUAAGACCCGCUUUAGAUAAAGAGGGGGACAAGACAACGGUUUAG